GAGGCAACAGUCAUAUAUGUCUCAAGCCUCUGUGCAGAGUAAUACAGUUUAACUUCAAAUUCCAUUCGUUUUGCGUACAGCUGAAGUCGCUAUCAUGUACUCUAAAAGCGUUUUUGUACUCAGUUUGGUAGUAUUGAUGUUCUUUUCCACGAUGAACGCCGAGCUCAGUGACAGUGGACAAGAAUCAGAUCAUUCAGAUGUCGAGCUCAAACAAUGCAAUGAAAAGAAUUACGGUCGACGUAAAUUGGUUAAAGACAAAGAAGGCAAGGAAAACUCGGUCAUUUGUUCCAAACAAAAUGGCGUGUAUUUGUGGAAGAAGGAAACAAUGGAAACUGAAAUUCAUGAUGAGAAUGAAAUUACGGAUGACAUCAUGUUGAAGCGUGAGGCAGCCGCUGAAUUCUUUGAACGUUUUCGUCGUGGUUUGAAUCAUGAAUGUUACGCUGAGUGUUGUUCCUGGGAGGAAGUUCGUGAACAUUACGAACACGACAUGAGAGCUGCAGAAAGAUAUUGGCGAACUUACAGGAGAUGGAAGAUCCGUUAUCACCGUUGUUAAAACAAAAGUUGGUCUUUGGGAAACUGAAGUAAAAGAUAAAAAGAAACAUUGGGAAAUCGACAAGACAUGGCCUUAUUAUUGACGUUAUCUAAAAAAAUCAAUGUAGAGUAAUUCUUAAGUGUGCAUGGUAGUUUUAUCAUGAUAUAUGAUUAAAUAAACGUAAUUUUUUUGCAA